GUGUGUGCGCGCGUGUCCGACUAUGUCGGCUUCCACUUCAGAGACAAUCGUGAGGCCUGCUACAUGAUAUUAUACACCAUUGCGACCUCGUUCAACGUCCUGCUCGAUUUUGUCACAACGUAUUACACAGUGUGGGAGGUCAGCAAGGGCCUGGGUUUCCGAACCUACCACGGGCAGAAGGUGAAGGAGAUCACCAGCUUCACCGAGGCUGCCAGUCAGUCCGCGCGGGGCCUCUCGAUCGCGGGCGGGACCCCGACGAAGCUCUACGCGAAGAGCCUCUUCAUGCUUGCCCAUCAGACCAACGCCCCGUACGCCGCCUUUUUGAAGUCUGGUGGCCAGCUUGCCGACGAGCUCGUGGAGGCGGGCGGGGCGGGCGAGGCACCCGUCGACGAUCCCAGUCUUCAGGUGGCCCCCGUCGAUGGAGCGAUGCCCGCUUCCGAUGCGCACCCGGACACCAAGCGGGCGACCCUCGAGGCGCGGCGUGGCUAUGCGAUGCUGGACCACACCAUGGUGCAAGGCCUUCCGCUCCUCCGCUCGGGUGAUCGCGGCAUUCUCGAUCUUCUUGGUGGGCCCAUCGCCGUGGCUGUCGAUGGAUUGGCGCUGGGCGCCCCGACGCCGCGUGACGAGCCGUUGGAUGUGCGCUACCUGGACAAGACGGCGGAUGCGGAGUUCGCUCGCAAGACGUUUGCCCAGCGCGCCCAGAUGCUCGGGGGCCCAGCGGACAGCAGUUGGCAAGUACAAGGGCCAGCCACCACUCACUCGGUGUUGCAGACACACGCGGACGUCAACGCGACUCCCAAGCAGCGCCUUUUUGGGUGGCGACAGAUCUUCGGCCUCGCGCCCACGGACCCAGGGGUCGAGGAGCGUUGUUUCCUGCGCGAGUUGUUCGAGAUCGCACUCUCGGAGGAGUUCUACGUGGAGGCGCUGCGCGUGGCCGAGGCGGGCGACCACGGGGGCCAAUUGGGCGAGAGGAGGCUCUUCCUAGGGAACCGCUGCAGCAAUGGCCUCGCCAUCGUCUCCCCCGCCCUCGAGCAGCACGUGGCCACCGAGCUCCAGGAGGAAAGCGCGGUGCUCAAGGGGCGCCGCAAAGGGCUGCGGAGCGAGGCCGCGGGCGCGAGUCAGUCCUGCCCCCGCCGCCCCGGACAACGCCGCGCCCCAGAGAAGUGGUCGCGGGAGGGCACCGAGGCCUUGAACGAGCUGGGUGGUCGCGGGGAGGGGGCGCCUAAGGCGCUCCAGGGUUCGAGGAGCGGUUAA